UUUAAAUGUGAGAACAACCAGAGAACAGUACUCAUUCCUCUCUCAGCCGCCAUGGAGAAGUUGGUGGUGUGGGCGUGUGUGGCGUUGUGGGUGACCGUAGGCUUAACAUGGGCGUCUCCUCUGCCUCAGCGAGAGGCAUUCGGAACCACGACCUUCAUCACCUCACCACUGCAGGAGCAACAGCAACAACAUCAACAAUUACAGAAUGCAUCCCUCAUCACGGAGCAGAUCUUAAGGAACAUCAUGAACAAUGCGUUAACCUUCGGCUCUCCUCUUCUACGCAACUCCCUUGAGCGUGACCUGAGCUUCAUGCUGGCGUCGUCCAACCCAGGACUAUUCAACUCAGGGCUGUCCUUUCACUCCGGCAGGAACAUUGACACAGGCAGCAGGUUAUUUGAUGCUUUGCUGACUAAUCUUCGCACGGGAGCAGUGGAGAGGGAGCUGGCUAACAUGCUGGCGGGGGAGCAAAUUAGAGGCUUUACCUUCCCCGGAACUGGCUUCAGGGGUUUCUCAGGAAGGAGUUUCUUAAAUGGUGGGUUCGGCGCCACAGGGAUCGGCCCCAACUCCCCCGUGGUGAUGGUGUUCCUGAGCAGCCCCAACUCCCUGUCCCGCAUUGUCAGCAUGUUCCCCAACUCGCCCAUCAUCAUUAGCAACACAGGGGUGCCCACCGGGGACAUCUUCACCCCAGCGCCCUUCCCCUUCUCCAGCCUGUUCCCCCAGGGUGACCAGCUCUCCCCCGUGCUACAGAGCUUCCUGGAGGGAGACCUGUCCAUCCCAGGAGUGGGGCCGCAGCCUGACCAGGAUCUGACCUCCUUGGACCAGGCGCUGGUGGGGAGGAGGCGCGGUUCAUCCCAGACCUCCAGCGGCAGACUCCCGAACCUGUUGGAGCGUGGACAGGGCGCCGCCAAGACGCCAGCAGCCCAGCAGGCGGCCAUGGAAGGCAGCAGGGUGGUGGCGCUGCCCUCUGCCGUGGCCGCCAUUCCCGCCCUGGCCAGGCUGCCUCUCGAGGACGCCAUCCGGGGCUCCGCCGCCAGGCAGGCCCAGGGCACCGCUCAGGCCCAGACCCAGACUCAGUCCCAAGGCCAAACUCUGUCCCAGAUCCAAACUCAGUCCCAAGCUCAGACCCAGCCUCAGAUUGAAACUCAGUCUCAGGUACAAACUCAGUCCCAGAUUCCAACUCAGUCACAAGGCCAAACUCAGUCCAAAGUUCAGACUCAGUCACAGACUGAAACUGAGUCCCAAGCACAAGCUCAGUCCCAGACCGAAACUCAGUCCCAAUCUGAAACUCAGUCCCAGGCACAAAUCAACUCCCAAACCCAAACUGAGUCCCAGGCUAACUCUCAGUCCCAGGGCAGCACGCAGGACAGCACAGCUCCCUCAUCCUCCUCAGCCCCAGGUAGCGGCAGCAGCAAAGGCAGCACUGCCGCGUCGCCCCACAAGAUGAUGCCCGUGGCCAUCAUCUUCCCCGACACGGAGUCCAUGCCGCCUGCCGCCGCCGCCAAGAUGUCUCCCCUGGCCAUCGUGUUUCCCGAGAUGUCUAUGACGACGCCCCACGCCUCCCCCGCCCCUGAGACCCUACAGCCAGACACUCAGCCCCAGGGGGAAGCCCAAUCCCAGGAUGAAACACAUUCCCAGGUCACUUCUCAGACCCAGGCUGAAACACAGUCACAAGCCACUUCUCAGUCCCAGGCCACUUCUCAUUCCCAGGCUGAAAUACACCCCCAAGCCACUUCUCAAUCCCAGGCUGAAACACAGUCCCAGGCCACUUCUCAGUCCCAGGCUGAGACUCAGUCCCAAGCUGAGACUCAGUCCCAAGCUACUUCACAGUUCCAAGCCACUUCUCAGUCCCAGGCUGAAACACAGUCCCAAGCCACUUCACAGUCCCAAGUUGAGACUCAGUCCCAAGCUACUUCACAGUCCCAAGCUGAGAUUCAGUCCCAAGUUCAGACUCAGUCCCAAUCUGAAACACAGUCCCAAGCUGAGAUUCAGUCCCAAGCCACUUCACUGUCCCAAGACACUUUACAGUCCCAAGCUGAGAUUCAGUCCCAAGCCACUUCACUGUCCCAAGACACUUCACAGUCCCAAGCUGAGAUUCAGUCCCAAGCCACUUCACUGUCCCAGGACACUUCACAGUCCCAAGGUGAGAUUCAGUCCCAAACCACUUCACAGUCCCAGGCUGAAACACUGACCCAAGCCACUUCACAGUCCGAAGCUGAGAUUCAGUCUCAAAGCACUUCACAGUCCCAAGCUGCUUCACCGUCCCAAGCUGAGAUUCAGUCUCAAGCCACUUCUCAUUCCCAGGGUGAAACACAGCUCCAGGCCACUUCACAGUCCCAGGCUGAAACACAGUCCCAUGCCACUUCACAGUUCCAGGCUGAAACACAGUCCGAGGCCAUUUCACAGUCCCAAGCUGAAGCACAGUCCGAAGCCACUUCUCAGUCCCAGGCUGAAACACAGUCCCAAGCCACUUCUCAGUCCCAGGCCGAAACACAAUCUGAAGCCACUUCUCAGUCCCAGGCUGAAACACAGUCCCAAGCCACUUCUCAGUCCCAGGCUGAAACACAGUCCCAAGCCACUUCUCAGUCCCAGGCUGAAACACAGUCCCAGGCCACUUCUCAGUCCCAGGCUGAAACACAGUCCCAAGCCACUUCUCAGUCCCAGGCUGAAACACAGUCCCAGGCCACUUCUCAGUCCCAGGCUGAAGCACAGUCCCAAGCCACUUCUCAGUCCCAGGCUGAAACACAGUCCCAGGCCACUUCUCAGUCCCAGGCUGAAACACAAUCUGAAGCCGCUUCUCAGUCCCAGGCUGAAACACAGUCCCAAGCCACUUCUCAGUCCCAGGCUGAAACACAGUCCCAGGCCACUUCUCAGUCCCAGGCUGAAACACAGUCCCAGGCCACUUCUCAGUCCCAGGCUGAAACACAGUCCCAGGCCACUUCUCAGUCCCAGGCUGAAACACAGUCCCAAGCCACUUCUCAGUCCCAGGCUGAAACACAGUCCCAGGCCACUUCUCAGUCCCAGGCUGAAACACAGUCCCAGGCCACUUCUCAGUCCCAGGCUGAAACACAAUCUGAAGCCGCUUCUCAGUCCCAGGCUGAAACACAGUCCCAGGCCACUUCUCAGUCCCAGGCUGAAACACAGUCCCAAGCCACUUCUCAGUCCCAGGCUGAAACGCAGUCACAAGCCGCUUCUCAGUCCCAGGCUGAAACGCAGUCACAAGCCACUUCUCAGUCCCAGGCUGAAACACAGUCACAAGCCACUUCACAGUCCCAGGCUGAAACACAAUCUGAAACCACUUCUCAGUCCCAGGCUGAAACACAGUCACUAGCCACCCCUCAGUUCCACACUGAAACACAGUCCCAAGCCACUUCUCAGUCCCAAGCUGAAGCACAGUCCCAAGCCACUUCUCAGUCCCGGGCUGAAACAGAGUCCCAAGCUGAGAUUCAGUCACAAGCUACUUCUCAAUCUCAAGCUGAAACACAGUCCCAAACCACUUCUCAAUCCCAGGCUGAAACAGAGUCCCAAGCUGAGAUUCAGUCCCAAGCCACUUUACAGACUGGUACUCAGUCCUUGGGUGACAUUCAGUCUCACACUCAAAUUCAGUUCCCUGGUCAAGUUCAUUCCCAGGCCGGAAUCCAGUCCCAGGACGGCAUUCAGUUCCAGGCCAGCAUUCAGUCCCAGGACGGCAUUCACUUUCUAGCCGGCAUCCAGUCCCCUGAGGCCCUGCAGUCUGUGGCGGGCGUCAGCGGGGAUCUCCCCGAGGAGGCGGGCGUGGUGGUGAGUCACUUGACGCGCGGCGCCGCGCCGGUCCAGCUGACCCGCCGUCUUGGCACCGCGUCGGACGCCGCCGCCGCCAGUGGGAGCAGGCUCACCACCCGCGGCAGAACGUUGAGCGCCGACGCGGUGGUGCAGCAGAGCACGGCUACCAGGGAGCAGGGCAGCUCAGCGCGACAGCAGGGCAGCAGGGGUAGGCAGCAGGUCAGCACAGCAAGACAGCAUGUUACAAAUGACAGGCAGCAGCAGGUCAGCACAGCGAGGCAGCGAGGCAAUGGCAGGCAGCAGCAGGUCAGCACAGCGAGGCAGCGAGUCUCUGCUGUGGAGCAAGGGGAACUCACUGCAGCGGGACAGCAAACCUCCACACUUGCGCGACACAGCUCCACCCUGCAAGACUCCGCAUCCGCCUCCGCCUCCGCCUCCGCGGCUCAGCAGCAGGGCGCCACCACUGAGCAGCAGCAGACCUCCACAGCUAAGUUGCAGACAUCUACUGCUGAACAGCAAAGUGCAGGUGAACAGCAGACGUCAACAGGUGAACAGCAGAUUAUAUUUGAACAACAAACUGUGGGUGAACAACAGGUGUCUCUAACUGAACAGCAGUCGUCCACAGCAGACCAGCAGACUACAGAUGAACAGCAGACCUCUACUCAUGAACAGCAAGCGUUCAUUGCAGAAGAGCAGGCGUCAACCUCAGAACAGCAGACGCUCAACGGAGAUGUGCAAGCUUCCACUGCAGCACAGCAGGACGCCUCCACCCUCGAACAGCAGCAACAGCAGCAAGCUUCCGCCAUAGAACAGCACAGCUCUACGGUGAGACAGCACAGCUCAGCUGCACAGCAUUCAUCUUCCCCUACAGCUGCACAACAAGAGUCAUUCACUGCAGAACUCACUACCGCUGCAGAACAGCAGAGUUCUACAGCGAGGCAGCGAGGCAGCACAGCACGGCAGCAGGUGGUAACAGAAGAACAGCAGCGAGGCAGCAGAACACGGCAGCAGGUGGUUACAGAGCAGCAGAGAGGCAGCAGAGCACGGCAGCAGGUAGUAGCAGGAGAACAGCAGCGAAGUAGUACAGCACGACAGGUGGUAGCAGAACAGCAGCGAGGCAGCAGAGCGCGGCAGCAGGUGGUAGCAGAACAACAGCGAGGGAGCACAGCACGGCAGCAAGUUUCAAACGGAGCGCGACAGCGAGGCAGUACAGCACGGCAGCAAAUUUUGGAGACAGAACAACAGCGAGGCAGCAGCACAGCACGAGAACAAGUAUUUACAGAACAGCAGCGAGGCGGCAUAGCACGGCAGGAGGUCCUCGCAACAGAGCGGCAACGAGGCAGCAGCACAGCACGUCAGCAAGGCACUACAGCGCGACAGCAGCAGGUAUCUGGUGCGCAGCAGGAGGUGGAUACCUCUCAAGUUGUGGACCAAACCACAACAGCACAGCAAAGUGGCUUCACCCAACAGCACACCGCUGGUGCAGCAGAAAAGGAUAUUGUGACACAACAGCAAAUCUUCACAGCAGAACAGCAGACCUCCACUGCUGAGGGAACUUUCGCAGUAGAACAGUCUCUGGCAGCAGAGCAGGGCGUCACUGCUGAGCACACUUCUGCCACCGAGGAGCCUUCAGCAGCAAGGCAGGAGAGUGCUGGGGCCGAACAGACUCUGCCAGCAGAGCAGCAGGACGCUGGGGCAGAGCAGAUUUCAACAGCAGAUCAAGAUACUGAGGCUGAAGAACCUUUAGCCGCUGAGCAGCGUGGUGAGGGGGCUGAGCAGAUAGCGGCGGGAGAGCAGCAGGGCGGUGGCGCUGAGCAGGCAGCAGCAGGCGAGCAGAGUGCUGGGAGUGAGCAGCUCUCGGCAGCAGAAGAGAGCACUGGUAGUGAGCAACAGCAUCACAGCAGCACUCUUGCAGUACAGCAGGAGAUUGUUGGUGAGCAGGAGGCUUCCAUCGUGGAGCAGCACACUACAGCAGAGGAGCAGCAGUCUGCCGCCGUGGCACAGCAGACUUCAAGGACAGAACAGCAAGAGGGCGCAUCAGCAGCUGAACAGCAACGAUCUACAGUGAGACAGGAAGGCAGCAGGGCAAGACAGCAGAGCACAGCAGGCAGACAGCGGGGAGGCAGCGCUACCACUGGCAGGGGCAGCGUUACUAAUGCCAGGGGCAGCGUUGCCAAUGGCAGAGGGAGCGUUAGCAAUGGCAGGGACAGCUUUAUUACUAAUGGCAGAGGCACGUCAAGACAGCAGGUGGAUGGUGGCAGGCGAGAUUCCUCAGUGAGACAGCAGGUGUUCUCCACAGCGCAGCAGGAAGGCGCAGCAGAAGAAGAGAAGUUCUCCAGCAGGCGAGGCGAGGCGGCGGUGACUGUGGGGGAGUUUGUGGCCAACAGACUCUCAAGCGUGGUGGAGGCAGCCGCGACGCUGCAAGGGGCUAGGGCCACCGCCCGGGCACAGAGCCAGGACAAGGCACAAUUCCAGGCUCAAUCCCAGUCCCAGUCCCAUUCUCAAUCCCAGGCCACCAUUCAGGAUCAGACUAUCACUAAAGGUCAGACUCAGUCUCAGUCCGAGACUCAGUUCCAGUCUGAAACUCAACCCCAGUCUGAAACUCAACCCCAGUCUGAAACUCAACCCCAGUCUGAAACUCAGUCCCAGUCUGAAACUCAUUCUCAGUUUGAAACUCAGUCCCAGUCUGAGACUCAGUCUCAAUCUGAGACUCAGUCCCAGUCUGAGGCUCAGUCCCAGUCUGAAACUCAUUCCCAGUUUGAAACUCAGUCCCAGUCUGAGACUCAGUCCCAGUCUGAGACUCAGUCUGAGGCGGAGCCUCAGUCCAGUGGUCAAGCUGCGUCCCAUAGCAACACUCAGUCACAAGGAGAAUCUAAGUCCCAAAGUGCCACUCAGUCCCACUCUCAGACUGAAAGUCAGUCCCAGUCCCAGAGUGAAGCUCACUCCCAAAGUGAAACUCAAUCCCAAAGUGAGGCUCAGUCCCAAAGUGAAGCUCAGUCCCGGAGUGAAGCACAGUCCCAAAGUGAAGGUCAGUCCCAAAGUGAAGCUCAGUCCCAAAGUAAAGUUCAGUCACAGAGUGAAGCUCAGUCCCAUAGUGAAGGUCAGUCCCAAAGUGAAGGUCAGUCUCGGAGUGAAGCUCAGUCCCAAAGUGAAGGUCAGAUUGAGUCCCAGGCCGACACACAGACGCAGGCCCAAAGUCAGUCCCAGGGUGAGGCUCAGUCCCAGGACACUACUCAGGCCCAGGAUGAAACUCAGUCACAGGCUCAAAUUCAGCUCCAAAGCAGCACUCAUUCCCAGGGUGAAAGACAGUCCCAGGGUGAGACUCAGUCCCAGGCCGCUACUCAGGCCCAGGAUGAAACUCAAACCCAGUCCAACACUCAAUCCCAAGUCACCAUUCAGUCCCACUCCCAGGGUGAAGCUCAGUCCCAGACCGCUUCUCAGUCCCAGGCUCAGGUUCAGUCCCAGGCUGAUGACAAUCACUCCCAGGCUCAAAUUCAGCUCCAGACUAAUGAUAUUCAGUCCCAGGCUGAAACUCAAUCCCAGGCCACUUCUCAGUCCCACCCUGAAACUCAGUCACAGGCUCAAAUUGACUCCCAGGCCACUUCUCAGUCCCAAUUCGACAGUCAGUCCCAUGCUGAAGGGCAGUCCCAGUUUGACAGUCAGUCCCGUACUGAAGGGCAGUCCCAGUUCGACAAUCAGUCCCGUGAUGAAGGACAGUCCCAGUUCGACAGUCAAUCCCGUGCUGAAGGACAGUCCCAGUUCGACAGUCAGUCCCGAUUCGACAGUCAGUCCCAUGCUGAAGGACAGUCCCAGUUCGACAGUCAGUCCCGAUUCGACAGUCAGUCCCAUGCUGAAGGACAGUCCCAGUUCGACAGUCAGUUCCAAUUCGACAGUCAAUCCCAUGCUGAAGGGCAAUCACAGUUCGACAGUCAGUCCCGGUUCGACGGUCAGUCCCAGUUCGACAGUCAGUCCCAUGCUGAAGGACAGUCCCAGUUCGACAGUCAGUCCCAUGCUGAAGGACAGUCCCAGUUCAACAGUCAGUCCCAUGCUGAAGGGCAGUCCCAGUUCGACAGUCAGUCCCGUGCUGAAGGACAGUCCCAGUUCGACAGUCAGUCCCAUGCUGAAGGGCAGUCCCAGUUCGACAGUCAGUCCCGUGCUGAAGGACAGUCCCGGUUCAAUAGUCAGUCCCAGUUCGACAGUCAGUCCCAUGCCGAAGGACAGUCCCAGUUCGACAGUCAGUCCCAGUUCGACAGUCAAUCCCAGUUCGACAGACAGUCCCAGUUCGACAGUCAGUCACAGUUCGACAGUCAGUCCCGUGCUGAAGGACACUCCCAGUUCGACAGUCAGUCCCAGUUCGACAGUCAGUCCCAUGCUGAAGGACAGUCCCAGUUCGACAGUCAGUCCCAGUCCGACAGUCAGUCCCGUGCUGAAGGGCAGUCCCGGUUCGACAGUCAGUCCCAGUUCGACAGUCAGUCCCGUGCUGAAGGACAGUCCCGGUUCGACAGUCAGUCCCAGUUCGACAGUCAGUCCCGUGCUGAAGGACAGUCCCGGUUCGACAGUCAGUCUCGUGCUGAAGGACAGUCCCGGUUCGACAGUCAGUCCCGUACUGAAGGACAGUCCCAGUUCGACAGUCAGUCCCAGUCCGACAGUCAGUCCCGUGCUGAAGGGCAGUCCCGGUUCGACAGUCAGUCCCAGUUCGACAGUCAGUCCCGUGCUGAAGGACAGUCCCGGUUCGACAGUCAGUCCCAGUUCGACAGUCAGUCCCAUGGUGAAGGACAGUCCCAGUUCGACAGUCAGUCCCGUGCUGAAGGACAGUCCCGGUUCGACAGUCAGUCCCGUGCUGAAGGGCAGUCCCAGUUCGACAGUCAGUCCCAGUUCGACAGUCAGUCCCGUGCUGAAGGACAGUCCCAGUUCGACAGUCAGUCCCGUGCUGAAGGACAGUCCCGGUUAGACAGUCAGUCCCAGUUCGACAGUCAGUCCCGUGCUGAAGGACAGUCCCGGUUCGACAGUCAGUCCCAGUUCGACAGUCAGUCCCAUGCUGAAGGACAGUCCCGGUUCGACAGUCAGUCCCGUGCUGAAGGACAGUCCCAGUUAGACAGUCAGUCCCAUGCUGAAGGGCAGUCCCAGCUCGACAGUCAGUCCCGUGCUGAAGGACAGUCCCAGUUCGACAGUCAGUCCCGUGCUGAAGGACAGUCCCAGUUCGACAGUCAGUCCCAGUUUGACAGUCAAUUCCAGGGUGGAAUUCAGUCCCAAACCAACACUCAAUCCCGGUCCAGGAGUCAAUCACGGGCAGAAUCUCAGUCCCGGUCCAGCAGUCAGUCUGAGUCCAGCAGUCAGUCCCGGUCCAGCAGUCAGUCCCAGUCCCAGGCCGCCCAGCAGUCCUCGGCGGCGGGCACGCGCGGCAGGGUCUCCCAGGGCUUUGAGAGCUUCAGCAGCACGUUCGUGUCUCCCGUGGGCUCCUUCACCUUCCUGCCAGCCUCUUUUGCAGCGCGCGCCCGCAGCCUUGGCUUGAACGUACCCACGCUGCCCACCGCCGGCUCCCAGAGCACAGGCAGGGGCAGAGACAGGGACACUGGCAGGGGCAGGGACACUGGCAGGAGCAGGGACAGUGGCAGGGACAAUGGCAGGAGCAGGGACAGUGGCAGGGACAGUGGCAGGAGCAGGGACAGUGGCAGGGACAGUGGCAGGAGCAGGGACAGUGGCAGAAGCAGGGACAGUGGCAGGGGCAGGAACGGCGGCAGGGGCAGGGCCUAAGAAAACCAAAUUCCUCACUGCAGAAAGGGUAAAGCCGAGGUAAUCUUACAGAAUCCCGUUCACUGUCUCAUUCUGCCUGUAGAAUAAAUGAUUCACAUGCUUAUGGCAAAGAGCGCUUCUCUAGCCUGGUACCACAUUCUGAAACACUUCUUCGCCGCACCUAAACUAUCAAAAGGCUCUAGUUGAAGUGACACGGGUUUUUAAGGAUGUUUUUUACGGUUCAAGUGAGAUUGAUAACAUUUCUACAUUAUGAGCAGAAGAAACAUUCGCGAGAACCCGGCUGAUCAUCUCCGUGGCCUUUGAAAAUAAUCGUGAUGAGAGAUAAGCGUUUCAGAAUACGGGAUAGCUUAUAACAGUCUUGACCUUAUAACAGUCUUAACCUUACACAAGAGCCAAUCAUUCCCUUCUGUCUGAUUCUCCAAAGCAUACACAUCGAAAUGACCGCAACAAUGACGAAUUUAAGUGAAAUAUACAAUGAAAGUCACCGGAAUAAACAAACAAUGAAAUAUAUUAGAUGUCACCAGAAUAGCUUAGUCUGACUGAGGGGAAUACAAAGAGGUAAUAAUAUGGUUAUAAUUCUGUAAUGAUACCAAAGCUGUCUCUGUGUUCUGUCUCUAUAUUCUUUACUUAUCAGUCGUUUCACUGCCAUAUGCAACAAGUCAAAAGAGUAAAAGGGAAUUAAAGGAAAGAGGAUUGAAAAGGAAAAGGAUUUAAAAGGAUAGAUUUUUCAACUGUCUAACCAGUGUGAUGUUUAGAAAUGGCUGGAUAAUGAAGGGAAAUCUUUUUUGAUAUAACGUAUGAUUAAAGCAACCUUGUUUAAUAUAGCAGUGAAAGGGUUAAUACAGCGUAAAGAAAUUGAGUGUGUUUUGGGGUUGGUGGUGGUGGUGGUGGUGGUAGAUAGCAUGAUGGUUUUGUAAUGAGAUAACAGUAUGAUUGUCUAGAAUAGAUAUGUAAUCUUUGUUCCUUAUUUACUACGUCACUUUUAUGUUUACUUGUAAGAUGUGUAAGAUUAUAAGGAUGUUAGGUUAGAGUGAAUAAUGUUCUCUCUCUCUCUCUCUCUCUCUCUCUCUCUCUCUCUCUCUCUCUCUCUCUCUCUCUCUCUCUCCCCUCUCUCUCUGUAUAUGUAUAUAUAGUUUAUAUUUAAGUUUUUUGUGUGUUUAUAAUGUGUAAAACAAUCACUGGUGCACCAUUAUUAUUUUUAUUAUUAUUAUUAUUAUUAUUAUUAUUAUUAUUAUUAUUAUUAUUAUUAUUACUAUUAUUAUUGUCUGUCAACAUUGUGGCGUCUCUUUUUUCAUUAAACAUUACACAAAAAGA